UCAUCCGCACUGACCGCGUCAAGCGCAACAACCGCGACAACCGCCUCAGCCUGGAGUCCAGCUUCCCCCCACCAUGCACAUGGACAGAGAAGGAUUGUUCCAAAAAAAGAUUGGUGUAAACAGAAAAUUUGGAUAUUCAACACACACAUUGGAUUCUGAGUUGCUUUCAAAGUUUGGUUUUAUCCUGGAUUAACAUUGCAGCUUAGAGAAGUUAUGCUGUAUAGGCUGUUCUCUGCUCUCUGUUUCUGUUCCUAUUCAUCCCAGGCUGUGGUUAGAACAGAUCUAGCAUUCACUGAUGAAUGAAAUUUUGGUGCCAAAUUCUUUUUAUUUUCAUUCACAUUUAUGUAGUCUUGGACCUGAAACUGUUUGGGAUCUACUCCAGCGACAUAACUACCAGCCUGUGUGGUGUGGUACAAACUGCGUACGCCCGUAUAACUGUGUGAACCUAGCAGUUGAAAAUCACGUCCGUUAUUUGAGUCUUUUGAUUGGUGACAUCAUGGGGUGCAGGCAGAGCGUGGUGCAGGAGGCGGAGGAGAAUUCCGUCGAGUCCAUCAGGUACAGCCGGCGCUCCACUAAAAUAAAGCGCAGCAAGAGAAAAAAGCUGAGCAAGACAAAAAGCGGAGGGCACGAAACAAAACAGAACGGGUCCGAGGAUAUCAUGCAGGAUUUAGAAGAGAUACCGAACGCUGUUUCUGAAGAAGAGGUGUCAAAGAAAUCAAAAGACGGCAGGAAGAAGUUGAAGAAAAAAAACAACACAAACGAGCGUUCGCAAAUGUUUGGUAAUCAGUCUAUAAAAAAUGUUUUGACUUUGUCGGUAGACACGCCGGAGGCAGCUGAGAUGGAAGCGAAGCAGGGAAAGUUUGGGUCCAAACACGUCUUCCCCAUCUGGGAGUCCCAUUACAAUGAGACCUGUAAAUGUGUGAACAAUGACCACAGCGACAACGCCACGCCCCCUGGUGACAGGCGGAAGUCCAGCCUCAACUCCGACCACUUGUGUAAACGCUGCUCGCAGCUUGUCCUCAACAACAAGCGGACGGUCACCAACAAUAACAACAGCAGCAAUUCUCCGAGUACUCUCGCUGGACCGGUCAGUCCAGACGGCGCCGCCGCCAACACCGUUGACAAUGUGCCCAGCGACCCCAACAGUCUUACAUCUGACCCAUUCCAGACACUGUCCCAGCAGACGCAGAUAGCAGCUAUAGCCAACCUGUUGGUACUGGCUGCGCUAGAUCUGUCAGUCCCAGCAAGUUCACUUCUAGUCAAGAACAGGAAGAAUGCCUGGAUCCAGCUGGCUGGACAUCCUGGUUCCUUUGCGCCAGCUGGCCCUAACACCAUCUGGAAGAAAAGACUUGUCAAAGAGAACUAUGAGACCCUGGCCUAUCAGGCUCUUUCAGAGUUCCCCCAGUCCAAACACAUCAUGCCAGCCUUUUAUCGUGAGGUGGAGUUUAAUGGGGAGUAUUUUAUUGAGAUGGAAGAUUUGUUGCACCACUUUCAUGAUCCCAGUAUUAUGGAUAUUAAAAUGGGUACCAGGACAUUCCUAGAGGCUGAGGUGAAGAAUCCUGUGCUAAGGAAAGAUCUGUACGAGAAGAUGGUCAAAGUGGACCCCAACGCACCCACAGAAGAGGAGAGGGCACAAGAAGCAAUCACAAAACUUCGAUAUAUGCAGUUCAGAGAACAAGAAAGCUCUACAGCCAGUUUAGGCUUUAGGAUAGAGGCCAUCAGAAUGACAGGGGAACCUCCCAACACAAACUUAAAGAAAGUCAGAACAAAAGAAGAGGUCUCGUACUUCAUGGAGACAUUUGUGCAGGACCAUGCAGUGGUCAUCCCAAAGCUGUACGAGCGCUUGUGUGAUAUUAAGGAGAAAUUUGAAUCCAUUCCAUUUUUUAGCACGCAUGAGAUCAUUGGUAGCAGUUUACUGAUCAUGUAUGACAGGAGCAACAACGCUGGGGCCUGGAUGAUUGACUUUGCUAAAACCAUUCCCCUUGAUGGCAUCACAGUAAAUCACAGAACGCCAUGGCAGAUAGGAAAUCAUGAAGAUGGAUAUUUGACUGGCUUGGAUAACCUUGUUGAGAUCUUGGGUAAACUUGUGGAGAAACAGAAAGCAGAGUCAUCCGUGGAACCAUCCUAAAUCCAGCAGUCCAUUUCCUCCUACCAGCAACAAUUCUAACUCCUACUGCAAGGCCAGUAAAGUGUACAGCACCAGUCAUGCAAUCAUUCACCUCUGACUGCAGAAUCAAUCAUGCAAUCAUUCACCUCUUGACUGCAGAAUCAAUCAUGCAAUCAUUCACCUCUGACUGCAGCAUCAAUCAUGCAAUCAUUCACCUGUCACUGCAGCAUCAAUCAUGCAAUCAUUCACCUGUCACAGCAGCCUCAAUCAUUCAUCUGUGGUUGUUGCUGUUCUAUCCCAUCUUUGACUCACAGAUUUAAUUAAUCCAGAUAACACCUCAGUUAUCAGUCAUUAAGGAUAAAGGAAAUAUCAUCCAGUUAAAACCUGUUCAAGAGAACACCCAAGGUCAUUACUAGAAAACUUGUGUAGAUCAAACACAAGAAAACAAGAUCAAACAUGUACAGUUACUUAAAAGAUUUAAAAGACCCCAUAAGAUCAAAGAUCUACACAAGAGAACAAAGUCCUUACAAUAGAUCAAAAUAAUCCUCCAAUGGUGUAUUUUUGCUGUUACUUCAGUCCUUUGUUUAGAAGUAAAUUAGAUGUCAACAUUUUAGAUUGUGAGCACUUAGUGUGCAUAUAAUAGCACAUACUAUUUUUAUAAAUACAAGAAAUGUUAUUUGUAUUGGUUUAUAUAAUUUUUCUGUCGAUUUUUAUCAUUGAUAUUUAUUUUAUGUACAGUUUUGUAACAAACAAUUUAAAAAAUGUGUAACUUGAUGUGAACAAACAUGAGUCACCCAAUGUAGAAACUUGUUUGUCAUCUUACUACUGCCAGGGUUCACUGGGCAACAAACACCCCCACCACUUCAUUUUCAGCAAGGGAAAUCACUCUAUCUUACCCCAAUAUGUAAUGUAGGGAAUGUUUUAAUAAAUAAAUAGUUGCAAACAAAAUUAAAAUAGCAGUGAAGUUUAUGUAUUUUAUUAGUCUUAUGAAUUUUUUUACACGGAAAUAAAAUAUUUAAUUUUAUAUGAAAGUUGAUGCAGUAUAUUCUGUUUCUUCUGCGACAUAUUGAAAUACAAACUUGAGCUAAUCUGUAGCUUUGAACUUUCCCAUGACUUAUCUGUACAAUCUCCUACAAGAAAUGUUAACUGUAACUGUAGUGUUAAAGGCAAUAAUAGUUAAUAUUUUUCUGUUUUGUUUACUUUUAAUGGGUGCCAAACAUUGAGUGAUGUUGCCAAUUUGACCAAUCACUUGUGUUUCAUCAUCACAUUCUCCAUCACACAUCAAACCAUUCAUACGCCUUUUAUUGUGUGAAAGAUUAUUUCAUUUCAUUUUUUUAAAUAUAAAAACAGCUAUGCAUUGUUGUAAAACGUGUGAAUAUUUUUUAGAAGACUAAAACUACAUAUUCAUAUUCCUUUGUAAAUGUAUGACUUACUUGCAAUCUGAAAAAAAAAUUUUUUUCAGAACUGUUUAUUUUGGCCUGUUAUUGACCAUUGUAAAUGUUUUUUUCUUACAUCUUUACUUUAAAAGAGGUGACAGUUUUUAAAUGUGUAUGGGUGACUUUUCAUCAUCUAUUCAUUUCAUUAUUUAAUUUUUGCCAAAUUAACACAUUUUUUUUUUUUAAAUUUGACACCAGUUUUGUGGUGCUAUAUGUUCCCAUAUAGAUCUUAUAGGCUGUAUAAUCUCUGGUGUACCUGUUUGUGAACUUACAGUAAAGAGAUGUUGGCCUAUGCAAUCUGUUGCCUGGUUGACAUUACAUUUGUACUUGAUUCUUUUUGAUGCUACAAUCUAGUGGCCAAAUGUGUAUAGAUAUUAACUGUUUUAUAGAAGUUUGUUUUAUGAUAGCUAGUACAUUCCUAUAAAAUGAUCCUAAAGUCUAGGGUUAGUACAUUUCAGUUGUGUAACCAAAGAAUGUCUGUCAUGCAGUGGAGAGUGGCGUACAGCCUCGGACUAUUGUAUAUUGUGACAUCAGUAAACCUGUAUGUACGCAGUUCUGCUUGUCUCAUAAGGGUAAUCAUUAAAGCAAUUCUAAUAAUUUUAAAGAAUGGGGUGGGGUAGGGGGCUAAUAGUAGUCUCGAUUAAAUUUUAUUUAACUUUAUUUUAGUACUAUUUUAUCCAUUUUCUUUUCGUAUAGUUGGAUAAAUAACUUGAAAACCAAAACAUAGUCUGCUUUUUACAUCUGGGGAAUUAGUUUCUGUUUUUCAUCAAAUUUUGUUUUGACAAACAGUUGUAACAGUUAACUCAGCUGAUUUAAUUCAACUAGAUCUAAGCCAACUGCACUAGAUCUUAGCCAUCUGAAGCUGAUAGGCUUGAAACAGAUCUUACCCAUUUGAAGCUGAUAGGAUUGAACCAGAUCUUAGCCAUCUAAAGCUGAUAGGAUUGAACCAGAUCUUAGCCAUCUGAAGCUGAUAGGCUUGAAACAGAUCUUACCCAUUUGAAGCUGAUAGGAUUGAACCAGAUCUUAGCCAUCUAAAGCUGAUAGGAUUGAACCAGAUCUUAGCCAUCUGAAGCUGAUAGGCUUGAAACAGAUCUUAGCCAUCUGAAGCUGAUAGGCUUGAAACAGAUCUUAGCCAUCUGAAGCUGAUUUGAUUGAACCAGAUCUUAGCCACCUGCUAAUGUUGUGAAGCCCAAGAUGUGUAUAGCUGUAACUGUUAUCUUGUACAGUAUUAUGAUCCACCAUUGUAUUGGAGUGUCACAAGUUCAUUAUAUGUGAUCCAUGCACAACAUAGCCGCCACUAGAGUCCUCUAGUACAUCACCCUGUUUAAAUAGUGUUACAGAAUUAUGAUACCCACACAGGCAAAUAAACAUUUUCUUCGAUGUGCAAUCCUUUACAUACAUGCAACACAAUGUUAGCUAAUACUUAGCGAAACUAUACCAGGUUACACAGCUUAGUUGUGUACCUACAGUUAGUGUGUAAUGGUGAUGUUACAGGUACCCUAAACUUACAUUUGGUCGGCACAAAUUUUGUUCCUUGCUUCAUUAAUGCUGACAAUGCUUUAUAAUGUGUUAGCUUUAAAUAUUUCUUGUAAGGUGUGACUAGCUGUAUGAGGUAGAAAAUUGUCCUAAAGAAAGACCAACAGUUUUAGGAUUAUCUUUAAAAAUUCGGGCCUUAUCCAGAGGUGUAGCAACCCAUUUUGGUGCCCGGGGCGAGCUUUCAAUUUUGCAUCCAUUUCCCUCCCAUAAUUAUUCAUGUUGAAGAAAAAGUCAGUUAACAUUUAUCUCCAUAUAACACCAGUAAUAUAGAAAACUGUUGUUUUAGCCCAAGUAGCAUUCUAUUUACUUUAUUUCAACUUUAAUGCAGCUCGAAGAGAGCUUUUUAUUUUAUUUUUCCAUACAACUUGGCAC